AUUAUUGUCGAUAAAGGGCCGCGGUUGAACAUUGAAGUUUUGAUCAGAUCACAGAGGGAAAGUAAAGUUUUCUUGAGGAAACAACAGGAGGAAGAGAGAAGAGAAGCAAGUCCUAUGGCUUCCGAGGAAAUAAAGACGCUGACAUUGGCUGCGACAAGCGGAAUAGAAGCUGAGAAUGCUACUGAAAUUACAAGAGACUUCAACGACCCAGAGACCUCUGUGGUGACAGAACUGCAGCUUUCAGAGAUAAGUGAUGACGUAGGUACUUGCUGGCGUGAGCUUGGACCAAAGCUUGAUAUCCCUGCAGCAAAGAUCCAAAACCUGGACGACGAUUAUCGCUGUAAUCGCGACAAAGCAAACGCCUUACUCCUCAUGUGGAAACAGAAAGAAGGGAGCAGUGCAAUUGCAGGGCGUUUAGCGGAUGCUUUGGUAAGCAUUGGAAAAAAGUGCAUUGCAGAAAUGCUACUUGAUAUACUAUUAGGAGCGGAUGAUGCGAACGUGCUGAGGUGUGGAAACAUUCCCAAGGGUCACGUUAUCAGUUUAACAGUUAUUCAUGACCUGGGUGAAGGGCUUGAUAAGCUUAUGGUGUGCGAAGAUGCGCAGGGAAAUAAAUUCAUGGUUAAAGCAUUCAACAGCAGAGACAAUUUUUUGAAAUUGGAAGAGACACUUGUGAGCAAGAGAUUUUUAGAAACUGUUGUUGUGGCGAGACAGGAAAGUCUAAAGCGCUAUAUUUCAUCGGAGCUUCAGGACCUGAGACUCCAAAUGAAGAAAGGGCAACUGGCUUGUGGAAAUGGUGAUAAAACAGAUGGUAUUCAAGAUGCCUCUAAAGACAAAACAGAGCCCACAAGCAGCUUAUUGAAUGAGGAAGUGGAUCCACCAAACAAUGAAAGCGUGGAAAAAUUGCUAGAGUCAUGUGAACAACAUCGCUACUAUUUUCAGAGAAUGUUUGACGCUCUUAUCAAGCUGACUGGCGAGGUUGGACAACAAAAUGAAGAUAAUGUUGAUUGCAUUGAAAAACUAUUGGAAUUUACUAGGGAACUCAAGCAAAAGGAAACAACACUUUUCUCCAAAAUCGAGUCGGUAGGAACUCAGAGCCAAAUCAAGGACAAGCAGCACGCGAAUCGAGUUGAGGAAUUACAAAAAUGGAAAACGCAACAUGAGUUGCAAUUCAAGGAAAUUGAAAAGCUACUGUCAUCAGGACUACUUUAUCAAAGGACAACAGAGAGAAAGCCGAGUUAUAAAGGGAGGCUGCCCUCUCACAAGGAAACUGUGCCAAAACGUCAAUCAAAAUCUCUUCCAGGAUACGGAAGGAAGGUAAGAGAAUUUGAGUUAAAUCUGAGAUUAUAG